AUGCAGGCCGUUCAGAAACCAGCGACUCCUAGAGAGCGGGCCUUGGUCACCAAAAAGGCCCUGGAAGAUGCGCUCGCUCGAUUGCCUCUAAACACACUCUUCAUCGUUCUUUAUAUACGAUCCGACCCUCCCCAGCCAAAUGACUUUCACACUCGCGCCCAGGGAGGGUUGAAAUAUGAAAAACCUGGGCGGGGGAUGGAUCCCGGACCAUGGCCCAACCGGAGGCGUUUCAAGUCCAAUUUUCUGUGCGUCCUUAUCGAGAUCGCAAACGUCCCACUCGGAAAGCAUGGCCCUCUCGACCAGAUUAUGAGAUCUCGCGACGGAGACGUCAACUCAAUUCCUGGUGUGACCUGCCGAGUAUGGCUAAUGGUCAUCUUGCGAAUUGGAUCGACAAGGGAUAGUACACUGAAGUAA